CAUUGCUCACCUUCGCUGAUCACGCCUAUCUAAUAGACCGUUGCAAGAUACUUGAUAAUCUCUUGAACAACCUACAGAAUGAGCGGCCCCGUGAGCAUCGGUUCAACAGCCGAGUGGCAGACCCUGCUGGACUCCACGACGGUUGUCAUCGCAGACUUCUAUGCCGACUGGUGCGGCCCAUGCAAGCAAAUCGCGCCUCAUUUUGAACGUCUCGCCAAGGAGCACUCUCGGCCCAAGAAAGUCGCCUUUGCCAAAGUCAACGUCGACUCGCAGUCCACCAUCGCCCGCACGCAGGGCGUCGCCGCGAUGCCCACCUUCAAGAUCUUCCACAACGGCGCCUGUGUAGAGACGAUCAAGGGCGCCAACCCCUCGGCCUUGACGGAAGCGAUCAGCAAAGCUGUGAGCUUGGCGAACACGCCGGGUGGCAACCCUGGCGAAAUCUUCAAGACGCCUGGCCGGACCCUGGGCGGUGGACAGACUGCGGGUGGCGGCAUCGAUUUCGGCAAGCUCAUCAACAUACUGAUCAUGUUCGUGGGGCUGUACUUUGUCUCACUCCUUUCGGCACGUAACAAAAAGGAAGAGUAGACAGGGACUAUGCUGACUGUGACGCACAGUUUGACGGGUACAAGGCGGCGGAGAGCUCGAGGUUCAACAAGCAUCAGACGCCAGCUCCAGUCAAGAAGGGCCCCGCGAGUGCUGGGACCAGGGGUGCCGAGGCGAAAGCUUCUGGGAGUGCGAGGCCAGCGCAGAAGCCUGCGUUCAGGACGCUGGCGGACCUGGGGGGUGAUUGAUGAGGAUGGCUUGGUCUUGUGUAAUUGUUCAGCGUUGCGAUUGAGCGUCAUUUGUCAUUCAGAUUCGAUUUAAAGACACUUUCCAUCGGUCAACUGCUCUACUGAUGACCUCGAGUGCGAAUCAUGCUUCUCCAUCCACAGAGCCUACGCU